AUGGAGGAGUGCUGUUUAUCCAAAGGUGGACAGGAUCCCAGAAUUGUGGAAUUCAGCAUAUCUUCACUUGCUGCUUUGUUUCCAGGAUGCCAAGUAUAUGACUCUGGAGACUUGAGCUUCACGCAGGUUCCCAACGAUGAGCUCUACAACAACCUGGUUUCGUACCCCCGCUCAGUGGGCUUAGCCAGCCAGGUGGUGGCCGACGCCGUGAGCCGCGCUGUGGAUAGCUUGGCAGUUGGGUCCAUCAGCGGCCAUGCGCGGCAGUGCCCGCACCUUGGCGUGAUCUGGGUGGAUGCGCACGCCGACAUCAACACCCCUCUCACAAGUCAGUCUGGAAACCUCCAUGGGCAACCAGUCUCAUUUCUCUUGAGAGAACUCCAGGAUAAAGUAAGUGGCUUGCUGUACAGUUACUUUAAUAGUUAUAUUUUGAAGAACUAUGACAUCCAAUAUUUCUCCAUGAGGGAAAUCGAUCGCCUUGGAAUUCAAAAAGUUAUGGAAAGGACGUUUGAGCAACUCAUGGGCAGGCGACAGAGACCAAUUCACCUCAGUUUUGACAUUGAUGCUUUUGAUCCCUCACUGGCUCCAGCAACCGGGACUCCUGUUCUGGGUGGUCUGACUUACAGAGAAGGCAUGUACAUCACUGAGGAAAUACACAACACAGGAAUGCUUUCUGCUGUGGACAUGGUCGAAGUCAACCCCCUGCUCGGCGCUUCUCCGGAGGAGGUGAACGCCACGGCUAGGCUUGCGGUGGACGUGAUAGCGGCCUGCUUUGGGCAGACCAGGGAGGGGGCCCACACUGCUUUCGAUGAGCUCCCCACCCCCAGCUCUCCGGAUGAAUCUGACAGAGAAGAGCAAGUGAGGAUUAAGAGCCCACAGUGAUGGGUACCUUGGACAUUAAAGCGCUCGGCUGAGGCACUUGAGUGACUAGAUUGCCUGUCAACA